GUCGCCACCCCCCACGCGCGCGCGACUACCGAAACGCCGACGAAGCGACUACGUACGACGACUUCGCGUGUGCCGGCGACGAUCAGACGAUAAUAAACGCACCGUCAACGCCGCGGCGCCUAAUAUUCCGGACGCGCGAUCGACGCUCACCGCGACCUGCACGACGACUACUACGACGACACAUCGUCAGAAUAUUUUUAUUUAUUGUCGUCUCGACUUAGAUAUAUACUGUCGUCGUGAUAGGUAAUUUAUUUCGCUUCCGAUAACCCAUAAUCGUUAUUAUAAAUCAUAAUACACCGUCACCGCCGGCGGGGGAAACAUCGACGACGACGACGACGACGACGAACUAUCUCGUUUACGCGCCAAAAUCGCGGCAACCCAAGUCGUCGCCGUCUCCGUAUAAUUCGUCGGUACCGCCGCGCACUUCUCCUAUAUAAUAUUAUAAUAUUACGGAUCUAUUUGAUCACGACGCGUCGUAUCGGUACACCGCCGCCGUACGGUCUUGUAUUAUUCACAUUCUGUCCACGUGUUCACAGUAGAUGAUUUUUUCACCGGCAAACGCCGCCAUGGAUUCGGUGACGUCGAUCGGCAAUAACCGGGACGGUGACGGUUUCCGGAAAAAGUACGGUCCCAAGUCGACCGACUCGCUGACCUUCUCUAUUGCCCGCAUCAUGGAACCGGACGUCCGGAAACAACCCAACGCACCAGCGGCCGACUACUUCCACGCACUUGAAUCGGCGUUUAAGAAAUACGUGCCGUCGUUCAGGUCCAAUCCACUACAAUCCACGCACUGCGCUGCCACCGUCAACGAUGGACGGACACCGCUGACCGUCAACAACAACGACCGUUAUCUGUCGACGUCCAUGGCGACAACGACGACGGCCGUACAGCUGUUUCAAUAUCAGCAACACCCCAAGUUGCCGUGCGCCGUGGUAGAAACACCGGCUCAUUCCCGUUCACAACCGCCUCCGCCGUCAUCCGAACUUCCGGCGCUCACUGCACUUCCUGUGAUCCCUGCACUUCCGGUGCCUCCGCCGCCACCGCCUCCACCGUCAUCACAUCAGAUGACGCUCGGACGGCUCGCCGCAUCCAAAUCCGCUCUGCCGCCGUCCAGCACCAAGGAAUUGUCACAGGCUGUCACCUCUGUCACACCGGUUAAAACGUUUACCUGCAACCAUUGCGGAAAAGUGUUCUACGCUCAUUACAACCUGACGAGACACAUGCCUGUCCACACAGGUGCUCGGCCGUUCAUUUGCAAGGUAUGCGGCAAAGGUUUCCGACAAGCAUCCACGCUGUGCCGCCACAAGAUCAUACACACCGAAGAAAAGCCGCACACUUGCGCUAUUUGUGGUAAGGCGUUCAACAGGAGUUCGACACUGAAUACGCAUACGCGGAUACACGCCGGCUACAAGCCGUACACGUGCGAAUACUGCGGCAAAGGAUUUCACCAAAAGGGCAACUACAAGAACCACAAGCUCACGCAUAGCGUGGAAAAAGCGUACAAGUGCACCGUGUGCCAUAAAGCUUUUCAUCAGGUGUACAACCUGACGUUUCACAUGCACACGCACAACGACAAGAAGCCAUUCACGUGUCACGUUUGCGGCAAAGGGUUUUGCCGGAACUUCGACCUCAAGAAACACUUGCGAAAACUUCACGACGCCCCUUAUCCCCAGCACCAGCCCGCAACGGUCGCGUCGCAAGCCACGGCGGCCGCGCUGGCAGCGCAACCGCCUUUGCCGCCGCCGCAGAACGUCCGCCACGGCCUUGGCACGUGCGUGCCGCCGUUCCAGCCGGUCCAGUCCGGAUCCCACAGGAACGCAAUCAUGUCGCAUAACUCGCCGCACCGUUACUGACUGCCGACGGUGGCCGGUUAGGCGAGGCUGUCUCGUCCGCCGGGCGAAUUACUUUGUACAAUACUUAUAUAUUUACGUGUAAUACGCCCAAAGACCGUAUAUUAUAUAAUAAUGUAUUAUAUGAUAAUGGUUACCUAUUUUUCUCAUAAUAUCCAUGUCGAUAUUUUUAUCCUGAAUUCGAUACCUCGUGUUUCUGAACGAAUAUAAUGUGUUUGGUCUAGUCGUGUUUUCAACAUAUAUAUAUAUAAUAUGUAGUCUAUUUAAUGCUCAUCCGCGGUUGUUAUACUUUUAAUUAUUACUUAUACUCAAAGUUCGGGACUUGUUGUACAAAAAGUGAGAUCAAAACGUUGUACGCUAGUAUGCAGUUAAAACUAUCAAAAUAUGUAGCUGAAUAAUGUAAAAUUUGUAUAAGUAUUUUUUUUAACUGCAUAGAUGUAAAUAUUAAUUGUUGUAUACUUUUAAUCUGAUUUUGUUGACACUGCUCUGCUGAUUUAUGUUUCCUGUUUUUAAAUAUUAUCUAAAAAUAAAUCAACACCUACUUUAGGUUCAUACAACUUACAAAACAAAACAACUCCAUCAGUAUGAAAAUAUAUUUUCUCCGAACUAGGUUAGGUAUUGAGUUAUAUGAUUAUUAUUCGAUAGUUUAAGCAUUUUGAAACUCGUAAAAUAAAAGAAUAGUAGGUAAGUAUACAAUACUGCUUUCUUCCCAAAAUGGAUGCUAAAAGAUGUUCGGCUAAGAGACAAUAUGAAUUGUAUAAUAAUUAUUGAUAACUUAUACACGCAUAGAGCUUUAGAGCGUCUACUCACUGGCAAAUAAUAAUCCUACUUUCAAAUAUCCCACACGCGUUUGAAAUAUGAAAUUGGGAUUUUUUCCAGUUGUGAAUUAAAUGCUAGAAAAUUUGAGUUUCAGGCAAGGGAACAAAAACAUACCUAUAUAAAUGUAAUAUAAUAGUAUUUCCGUAUUACGGCUUACGCAAAACGUGUACUAAAAUGUAUAUUUCUUCGCAUUCAAAAUAAAUGUCCAAAAUCGAAUUCGAAUUAUGAAUUUGCACAUAUAAGUAUGUAAGUACCAAAUAUUUAAUAACAAAUAAGUAUUUUAAGGUAUUCAAGAUUAAAUGUUUUUUUUUUAAGAAUUAUAAAUUUUUAACAUCAGGAGAUUUUAUAGUUCCUAAAAAUAAAACAUUUUUUUUAUAUUUUCUAGAUGAAGUAAAUAACUGUACUCUGUAAUCUUAAAUUAAAUAAAUCGCUAUAAAUCCAAUUAACGUUGAAUAUUUGUUCUAUACAAUUUCAAUAUAUAUAACAAAAUAAUAUAAAUUUUGAAAUUAUUAAAACAAUAGUAAUUAAAUUAUUUCUUUUUUUUUUACUAAGAGGACAUCUCACUAGUAUUUUUAAGGAAUUUAUAAAAUAGGUAAUUUUUUUUUUAAUGAAAUUAAGUAUACCUGUUUAUUUUUUAUUAUUCGAAUAUCGAUUUAAUGUAACCUACAACAAAUGUUCACUUAUCUUAACUAAUGUUAGUUGGGAAUUCUUUAAAGCAGUUAAAGCAUGUUAGCUUUUUCUAAGUUUGUAUUAUCUUUUAUUCUAUGCAAUUGUAAGUGUUUAUUAAAAAUAAAACAAAAAUAUAUUAAAUAAUAUUUUAUAAAUUAAAAUAAUAAUUAAUAAAUUAAUAUACCAUUAAUUUUCAAGUAUUUUACUCUAGAAUUGCUUUACAAUCAGUUUUAGCUUAUCUGCAGUGUCGAUGUCCUCAUGUUAAAACUAAAUAUUUUCGAAGACGUUCGCUUAAUAAAAUAUUAUUUAUAAAUUUAAAUGUUGGUCUCGGGCAAUUCAAGACAUUAUCAUACAAGAUUUUCUGAGAUUAUUAUCCAACGCGUAAUUACACAUUACAAUGAAGUUUGUUACAUUAAUUCUUUUUUUUAAUAUGUCAUAUAGGCAUUUGUUGUUUUUAAAGAACGAGGAGAUUUUUUUUUCGUAGUUAAUUAUGAAAUAGUUUUAAUUAGAUGCAAAUGUAGAUAGGAAAUAUAGAUAAGUAAAGUUAAAUGGAAGGAAAUAGUUGCCAUAUAAUGAUGGUAUAGGUAGUUGGCAUAUUAGUGAUCGUGUAAAGCUGCUUGUAUUUUUCUU